AUGCAUUCCCUUUCAGUAGCCCUGGCUGCUUCGGCAGCCGUAUUGCCCAUCGCCUUUGCGGCUGCCGUCGACUCAGGCUCGGCCGCCAGGUCCUGCGCCUGGGAGAAGCUCAAUGGAACUGUCGGGGGCCGCCUGCACGCGCUGGAACCCCUGGCCCUCCCAUGCUUCUCCGUCUACAAGAACAACCCGGUGGCCCCCGACGCCGCUGCCUGCGCCGCCGUCCAGGCCGGCUACACCAAGCCCGGUUUCCGCACCGACAUCGCCGGCGCCUUCAUGAACAACCAGGUCGAGGAGUGCGCCUCCAACCCGGUCGACCAGUGCUUGCUCGACAACAAGACGCCAACGGACCCGCUUGCCUUUGCGGAUGGUGCCUCGUGCAACCAAGGCAACCUACCCGACUACUACGUCGAGGUCGCCACGCCCGCCGAUGUGCAGGCUGCCCUUGCGUUCUCCGAGAAGACGGGCACGCGCCUGUCUAUCAAGAACACCGGCCACGACUACCUCGCGCGCAGCAGCGGCAAGGGCACGCUGAUGCUGUGGACCCGUAAGCUCCAGGGGCUGAGCUACGACGCCGCCUUCGUCCCGGAGGGCUGCUCCGGGGAGAAACCCGUGCAGGCUAUUACUACCGGUGCUGGUGUCAACUUUGACCAGGCGUAUGCCUUCGCUGACGAGCACAACGUCACUCUGCUCGGCGGUUACUCGUCGACCGUCGGCGCAUCCGGUGGUUGGGUCAUGGGCGGUGGCCACAGCGUCCUGUCUACUGUCUACGGUCUUGGUAUCGAUCGCGUCGUGCAAUUCAAGAUCGUCACACCCGACGGCCAGCUCCGCACCGUCAACUCUUGCAGCGAUCCCGAUCUAUUCUGGGCGCUCCGCGGUGGUGGUGGCGGUACUUUUGGCGUCGUCUUGGAGUCGACGCACAAGGUCGAGCCCGCCAUUCCCUUUGUCGCCGCCUCGGUCUCCUUCACCUCCAACAAGACCACCAUAAUCCCCUUCCUCGACAUCAUCGUCAACAACACCCAAAAGUGGGCGCAGGAGGGCUGGGGCGGCCACGUCUCGGGUAGCUCCCUCAUCAACAUCACGCCGCUCCUCUCGCUCGACGAGGCCAAGGAGUCCCUCGCGUCCCUUGCCGCCUACGCCGAGUCGCAGGGCGGGGCGGCCACAUUCACCGAGUACGACUCGUGGUACCCCUUCUACCAGAAGUACGUACGCGCCAACGAGGUCGCCGUCGGCAACACCCACCUGGCCGGCUCGCAGCUUGUCUCCAACGGCGCCUUUGGCACCGCCGAGGGCCGCGCUCAGAUCCUGUCGUUCCUGACCAACAUCGUCAACGCCGGCACCAGCCCCUACAUCCCCGUCGUCGGCCCCGUGCUCUACGAUGCGCCCGCCAAUUCGACCUCGGCGACGCCGGCGUGGCGCACCGCCGUGUGGGAGCUCGGCGUCGGCUCGUCGUGGGCGUGGAACAGCUCGCUCGCGCAGCGGCAGGCGGCGGCCACGGCACUGAAGGCCGUGGGCGCGACCAUGAGCGCGUUCACGGGCGGCAGCGCAUACAUGAACGAGGCCAGCAUGUUUACGGACAACUGGCAGCAGGCCUGGUGGGGCGACAACUACGACGCGCUGCUGAGCAUCAAGAACAAGUACGACCCAAAGAAACUUCUGAACUGCUACAAGUGCGUCGGCUGGACAGCCGAGGACACGGCCCAAUCUUGCUACUCGGCGUUUGCUUGA